AUGUCGGAUCGACCCAAUCCGAAUCACCACCAUUCUAAUUGGCCCAUGCUCUUGCUCGCCCGAGCUGCCGAGAGCUUCACGGGAUUCGGGACUGGUUGGCGGGAUCGAGUAUGGAAUGGUAAAUGCUGCUGGCUAUUUCGCGGUACCGUUUCGCUUUCCGCGGGUCCCGAGGGGAUCUGGAAUGCCGAGGGGAAUCGGGACAUGAGGCGGCAGGCAGAACAGUAG